AUGGGGCUUUCACUUCCCAAACUCCAGCACCUCGCUUUAUACUACAAUAGACUCAACGGGAAAAUUCCAAGCUCCAUCAACAAUGCUUCUAUGCUCACUCUCUUGGAAUUGAACAGAAACUCAUUCACCGGCUCUGUGCCCGUCUUGAGCAAUUUACGCUACUUGGAACACCUUCGCCUCUGGGAAAAUAAUUUCACAGGAGCAGAAUUUAUGUCAUCUCUAACAAACUGCCCGUCUUUAUUGUCCAUAGAAAUGUCGUACAAUCCUCUAAUGGCAGGAAUUCUCCCAUCUUCAAUUGGGAAUUUCUCAAAAUCGCUUCAAAUUAUCACGGCAUCAUAUUGCGACUUCAGAGGCGGUAUUCCUUCUGGGAUCGGAAACUUGAGCAGUUUGCUGUAUUUGCAGUUAUCGGGAAAUCAGUUCACAGGAUUCAUCCCAACAACUAUUUGGAAUUUGACGCAGCUCCAAAAAUUGUAUCUUGGUAGCAAUCAAUUGGAGGGGCAUAUCUCUUCUGAUCUUUGUCAGCUGCGUAAUUUGAGGGAGUUGAACUUGAGUGCAAAUUCGUUCACGGAUCCCAUUCUUGAAUGUUUGGGUGAGCUUCAAUCCUUAACAAGUGUCUCCCUUGCUUUGAACAAGCUGAAUUCGACAAUACCUUUGAGCUUCUGGAGUCUUGUUGAUUUGGUGUAUCUUGAGUUGCAGUCCAACUAUUUGAGUGGUCAAAUUUCACCUCAGAUUGGAAAUUUGAAAUCACUUGACUAUUUACACCUCUCGUCUAAUCAGUUUGCAGGAGAGAUUCCAAAUGAGGGUUGCUUUGUUAACUUCACAACUGAUUCUUUUGCUAACAAUUCUGCUCUUUGUGGGUGA